AUGGCUUAUGAAAACUAUGUUCGCGACCUCUCGUACUUGACAUCUGGUGAUCUAUCAGAUGUGACCCUGAACUUUAGCGACAAGAGCUGGCGCAUCCACAAAGCUCUUGUGGUCUGUCACUCCAAAUGGUUUCAAAAGGCUCUCACCGGCGGCUUAGUGGAGACAAGCAGUGAAGCAAUUACUUUGCAAGAUGAUCCAGUAUACACGAAUGCAAUUGACUGCAUGGUGUCAUACAUCUACGAGGCUGGAUACAAUGUCUCUAAAUUCGACACUCUAGAACCUCUCCUUCAUGCACAGGUUACUAUAAUCGCCGACAAAUACGACUGUGCAUCUCUUUGCAAGCUUGCAAAAACGUCAUUUGCGAACACGGUCAUGACUAUCAAUCCCAACGACUGGGCCGUAACUGCUGCCUUUGUCUACGACUACACGACAACUGUGCCACCAGCUCAUGUGGAGCUAAGGAACUCAGUCAUCGCUGCCGUUGCGAGUCGCCAUUGCAUGUUAAAAGCAACCCUACGAGAGGAGAGGGUACUCGAUGUCCUAUGUUCAAAUGCAGACCUGGCAACAGACCUUCUGCUAGGUGGGCGACAUGGACCUAAGGUAGAAGGAGUCUCCGAGCAUCAUUUCAUUUGCGAUCAUUGCCAUUACAGUCAUACCGGAUCGCGCGAUUGCCCGAAUAUAACGUCUGUCAGUAAAACGGGCAAGCCGGUGUGUCCUAAGUGUAGGAGGAAAACCGGGAACCCAAUACAUCACACACCGAUGGUCAAUAUAUACCCAGCUUUCUCUUGCGCAUCAUGCGACGGAUUCCACACGACAGAUCCCGAUGAUGAGGAUUUGGCAUGAACGGCAACCAUCCGUAAAACAUGCACUGCAACACGAAUACUUAACAUUUCAUUAGAGAACUUCCACUCUCAAUCUAUAAUACGAACGAAAGGAGUCCCUUUGUCU